AUGAAUGAUCAAGACAUACGCGUGAUUUUAGCCAUUGGAUUUACAUUUGUCCACAAAGACGGAGAAUUUCGAGAUAUUGAAUUAAAUCAAGACUGGCCGCGUACAGGUUUGCGCGAACCGUGGGUCAAGGCUCCAACGAUUUUACAGUACGAUGCCGAUUUAAACGCUGUCAAAUGGGGCUUUUCGACCAUCGCACGAGGAAACCGUGGUGGCCGCGCCGGAAGAAGAAGCGAUGAUGGACAUCUGCACAUGGUAGAACUGUUCAAAUUGUACAUGUCACCCGGGGGUGAGGGAAAUAGAAGAAAGCUGCCGGAAGGCCUGAAAUUUGAGCAAGCAAUUACAGACUUUUUUAAACAUCUGAAAAAGGAGAUUGUAAGCAAACUAGACGCCCGAUGGCCUGGAUUAAAAUUUCCCUCACAAGUGAAGCUAAUCCUUUCAAUCCCAGCAGAAUGGGGUCCACCAACAAAGAACACAAUGAGACAGUGCUGCCUUGAUGCUGGGUUAAUAGAUAGAUUAUUUACUUCUAAUUUGGAAUUUACUACUGAGCCCGAAGCUGCCGCGAUAUAUUGCAUGGAAUUUUGUAAAGAAUACCAACUGAAAGUAGGAGAUGCAUUCAUGGUUGUAGACUGCGGUGGAGGUACUGUAGAUCUAACAACGCGCGAGCUUCUCACGGAAAAGACUCUGGGAGAAAUAACCGAGUCCAAGGGUGCCUGCUGCGGCGGCAGUUUUGUUGACCUUGCUUUUUUCAAAUACAUCGCCAACAAACUCUUCAUCCCUUGGGAGACGAUGGACAAAGCUCGCGAGGUGCAUUCCAGCGCGACAAAAUAUUUCCUCGAAACAAUGUUUUGGCCGGUAAAAUAUGCCUUCACAGGCAAGGAGGAAGAUUUCAACGAACACGAGAGUUUUGAGAUAGAUAUCGAAGAGACGCUUCCGAUUUUGAAAAAAUAUGUUCCGGACGAAUACGCAUCGGAACUGGAGGGAUACGAUUGGGUGAUUGUCAUUAAUUUCGAAGAUGUGAAAGCAAUGUUUGAUGGUGCCAUCGACCAGAUCAUUCGACUGGUUGGCGAUCAAUUAGAGAGUGCAACCAAAGAAGUAUCUGCAGUAUUUCUGGUUGGAGGCUUUAGUGAAAAUCGGUAUGUUCAGAGUCGCAUUAAAGAAACAUACUCUAAACCUGGACGAACUAUUGCGGUACCUGUCAAUCCCAUGAGUGCAAUAGUCCGUGGUGCUGCCAUGUACGGCCUGAACAUCGAGACAAACGAGGCCUCCCCAUACUACGGAAUAAACCGUACUGUACAAAACCGGAUGUUGAAAUACACUUACGGCACUGAAAUAUCCUCCGAAUGGAAACCAGGUGACCCGCCCAAUCGUCGCACUCCGUCUAAUCGCAUAAUCCGGUUCUGUUGUCUUGCACGUCGUGGCACGCAAAUUGAUGUCGUUAACAAGUUUACCGAUACAUUUGGUCCGGUUAAUCCGAAUCAAACGAGACUGCCAUUCAACCUGUAUUACACAAGUGCGUAUGAUGCAGAAUUUGUUGAUGAUGAGGGCAUGCAUUUGCUCGGAAAAUGGGCCGUGCAACUGCAAGAUGUCCGUCUUGGAUUAAAUAGACCGGUUGAUUUCUCACUAACUUUUGGAACAUCAGAAGUUAAAGCGAUUGCGAUUAACAAACGAACGGGUGAAAUGUGUUAUUCUACGUUUGAAUUACCAGAAUAA